AUGUGUCAACUCCUGACAUACGACCUCAUCUGCUGCCACUCCUCCCAGAAAUGGGACUAUUGCGCCGAAUCCCAGGCCAACGGCCGCAUCCCAUGCAAGUCCCAAACCCACCGCGUCGUCUCCUACCCGACGCCGCCAGAGUUCGAGCCCGCGCCCCUCUGCCAUCGCCCAGAGUGCCACUUCAACCGCCUCGACGGCGUCUGGAACUGCUGCUGGUGCGGCAAGACGCACAACACGACGGGCCGGUGCAGCGGCAUGAUGAUUUACCAGGAACUCACCACUUGCGACCACAUCUGCUGCCCCUUUUGCGAGCGGGGGACCACCAGGGGCUGUUGGGGGAGCAGAUGA